AUGGCUUAUGAUUUAGGAUUUAUUGUGGUAAUAAUAAGAUCUGAUAAAGCUACUGGUGUACGGGGAAGAAAAACGUUCGUCAAACUUGGAUGUGAAAGAGGAGGAAAAUACCGGAAAUACAAAGUCGAUGCAUUGUCGAGUGUAUAUGGCACUCGUAAAUGUGAGUGUCCAUUUAGAUUAAAGGGUAGACCAUGUUCAGAUGGGGAUGGAUGGGUGUUGAAUGUGAUGUGUGGACAUCACAAUCAUGAGUUGGCUGAAACUUUAGUUGGACACCCUCAUGCUCGCAGGUUAAAUAUGAGUGAGAAGUCAUUACUGGUUGAUAUGACAAAGAGUAAAGUUACACCUGCAAAUAUUUUAUUAACCCUCAAACAAAACAAUGAUCGAAAUGUCACAACGAUUAAUCAAAUCUACAACGCAAGGCAAGCGUAUAAACGAUCAUUAAGAGGGUCCAGAACUGAACUACAACAACUUAUGAUGUUGUUGAACCGGGAUAAGUACAUUCAUUGGAGUAGGUGUAUCGACGAUUCAAAGGUUAUUACUGACGUGUUUUGGACACAUCCUGAUGCGGUGAAAUUGUUAAACUCAUUUAAUGUUGUAUUUAUGAUGGAUUCCACGUAUAAAACAAACAAAUAUAGACUUCCGUUGCUUGAGAUUGUGGGCAUGACGUGUACAGGUUUAACCUUCUCAGCAACAUUUUCUUUCUUGUUUACUAAAAGGCAGAGUAAUUUCACAUGGGCUUCGGAAAAGCUGAAAGGUUUAUUUAUAACAUCUGAGGGUAGUCCUAAAGUCAUUGUCACUGAUCGAGACUUGGCUUUGAUGAAUGCCAUUGCAAAUGUAUUCCCUGAGUCAUAUCAGAUGGUUGAGUUUGCUCAUGCGAGUUUGAAGAAAAUUUUGAGCAAUAGUAUGGGUGAUUUGUGUUCUUGUUGGGAUAGUAUUCAUAACUUCGUUACCAUACAACACAACAAGAUUAAGACGUCAUUUGAAAAAUUUGGUUGCUCACAAGUUACCCUUUUAAAGGAUACAGAUCUCAUUGCCGAGGAAUUAGAAAGAGGGCAACAGAUAGGAUUGGACUCAUCAAAGUAUGGAUGCGUAUUGAGACGUACAUUUGGUGUCCCCUGUGCAUGUGAAUUAGCACGGUAUGAUCCUGGGAUGAUCCCUGUGGGUGAAUUUCAUAUCAUGUGGCAAAGAUUGCAUUUCUCAAAUGUUGAAUUAAAUGAAAUCAAGCCUCAUCUAUCUAUUAAAGAUGUGUUGAAACAAAUAGAAGAACGAUUCAAUGAGGCUGACAUUAGAGGUAAAGUUACCAUUAAGCAGAAGUUACUUGAUAUUACUUGUCCUACAUUGACAUCAAUGGUCCCUCCAUUAGAUAAAGUCAAGACAAAGGGUGCAAAAAAAAGAAAAGUUCAACGAACAGAAAGGUCUACUACGCGGGAUCCGUCAUAUUUUGAGUAUGUCGACGCCUUUCAUUCAACCAUGGAAUCUUUAUCUGUAAAAAAGUAA